AUGGCGCACAGAGGUGGUUCUAGUGGAAAACCUCCAAGUGAUAAUAUUGGUUGGAAAUUUGGAAUUCCACUAGAAAAUACUGAGCAUAAAAUUAGGUGUACAUUUUGUGGAAAAGAGCUAAAUGGUGGUAUAACUAGGUUGAAGCAACAUUUGGCCUAUAUGAAAGGUCAAGUCGCACCUUGUGCUAAUGGCAAAAAGCUUGACAAAAGGAAGAUGAAUGAGGAAUUGACAGAACAAAUUAGAGCCAGUCAGUGUGAUGAUGAUGAAAAUGAUAAGGGGGACCUAGAAAUGGUUACGGCCCGACAAAUUGGGGCUCGUGAUAUUGAGGUUGCACAUCCUCCUGGUUUUGCUCGGCGAAGUCAUAGUGUUCGUGAGGCUAGUACAUGUAGGAAAUGGAUUGAUACAUCCUCUCCAGAAGUUCAAUUAUUAGACAUAGAUGUGGAUCUUCAUAGGACCAAAGAACCAAUGUUGGAUACUACAAGAGAGGUUCGAAAAGGAACAAAUCUACCUAGUUCUUAUGAAGUAACUGAAGUGUAUUUACCAAUGGAGUAUGAAGCCUUACAAAAUUGGAUAAAAUCUCACAAAUCUAGUUGGGCUGAGAGAGGUGUUACAAUUAUGUGUGAUGGAUGGUCUGGGCCCACAAGAAAGCAUAUUUUUAAUUUUCUUGUGUAUAGCAAUUGUGGAACAAUUUUUCAGAAGUCUGUGCAUGUAACUGAUGUACCUAGUAGGAAAGCUAAUUAUUACUUGGGCCUCAUGGACAAGGUAGUGGAUGAAAUUAGAGAAGAAUAUGUUGUGCAAAUCGUAAUUGAUAACGAAGCUACGAUAAAGGCAGCUGGUUAG